GUUUUAUGGCAGAAAGGAGGCAUGCAUGUUUCGCUUGUGGCAAGAGGUACUCCAGGCCAAACGGGCUGUUGCAACAUCAGAAAUAUCAAUGCGGCAAAGAACCACAAUUCAAGUGCCCCAUAGAGGGUUGUGGACACAGAGCACAUCUGAAGUUCAACUUGAAGAGCCAUAUGAAUGCCUAUCAUUUUAGAAAAAUGUUACCUAAAGCUGAAAAAAUGGAUGGAUGGAUGGAUUUCAAAUGAGUGCUAUUAUUUUUUAAGUCUAGUAUUGAUGUGUAAUAGUUCCUCAACUAAUAUGAUUAGGGAAAUUUAUUUUGCUUCGGUUGAGUGUCUAGUCACUGUUCUCACCAAAAGCAAUUCAACUUUAACCUAUUUCGACUUUUGGAUGUUAUUGUGAGACUUCAGCUGACGUUCCAACCAUCUCCUCGAAAUGCCAUUGAUUUUGUUGGAGCGGCACUGUUGAAAACCUUCUAGGAGAGCCGGAGUUCAUACCUACAAUAAGUGUGACAAGCUUACAAGGUACUACCUUCCACAGAAUGUUCAUAGCACUGAUUAUCCUUGCUCAGUAUUGGGAGUACUUGGUAAAUGAAGAAAUAUCAAAUACCUUGACUGAUUCUUGUGUCUGUUAUUUAUAUGUACAUACAUUACUUAUACACUUAUCUUUUAGUCAUGGUUGUUAAGUAUAGAAAUAGUCUAUCUGUAUUCCGUAUUCUUACUUCUUGGAAGUGCAUACCUAGUAACUGCAAAUCGAGUUGCCAUCAGGUUGCUUUUGGUGAGAAUAUUACUUUACAGGCUAUAUCUAGCAGUCACAAUAUGGUCGUAUACUUGUCGCAAUACACAAAUUAUUUAUGUAUUCUCUAUCCCAUAUUUACUGUACUGAUACACGUGAUCUGUACUCAGAACUCUGCCUUCAUGGGAGGACCCCAAAUAUGAAAACUAACUUUAAAAAAGAUCUUACCUCAGCCACAGGUUCCAAGCUUGCUGAAUGCCCAAGGGCCACUAUGUAUCUUAAAAUGGUCCUGUGUAUCCUCGAAGGCAAACUAUUGUAGUAACAAAGGUAACAAAAGUAUUGACGUUGACUGAACAGAAUCUGCAGCUUUUAUGUAGGUGUGACAGGCAAACAAACAUCAUAUCCGCCUUUGGUGCUAUACACGACACGUGGGAUCGAUUGCAGCAUUGAAUAACGUAUUCUACCUCAAGACAGUAAGCCUUAUGGCAUAUUACCGCGUCCAAAAAAUUCUCCGAGGUAAAAUGAGACGGUUACGUCAUCUAUGAAAACUUGUCGCAACUGUUUCUUCAUCUACUAUAUAUACUUUGAAAAGGUUAGUGUAUCAUAAAUUGCACAGUGAUCCCCGGAGCUUGAGUAUGCUCAUAUUAGAAGAGAAAUCUUGGCUGGCUAGUUAAAAUGCAAAAUAGAAAUCUCAAUCGAAAAUGAGAAGGCCAGAAAGGAAGUUUGGUUCAUAUCAAGCCGUUGAAAAUGUAGUUUCUUCUUCAGUCUUUCCUGGAGAAGAAAAUAAACAUUUUCGAAAACUUGAUAUGAAUACAGGUUCUGGCUUUCUGAUUAUCGAUUACGUUACGGCUACAACAUCAUGAUUUCUAUUUUUUAUGCUCAUAUGGGCAAGCACCAUCUAUAAGAUACUAACCUUGUCAAAGUUCAUAGAGUAAAUAAACAUCGCAUCUCAUUUUAUCUCGGUAAACUUUUUGGGCGCGGGAAAAUAGCACUAGAUUGGCUAUGUUCAGGUAGAAUAUGUUCACAGCUUAAGCUAUUGGGUGUCUUUUGCACCAAAUGAGCCUUAUUUCUAGUGACCCUAAACGGACUGAUGUAGUCUCAGUGCCUCAAUUGUGCUCAUCCAUUUGGAUGUUUCAACCAUGAUAUUGCAUAGCUUUUUUUGUGAAACCAUAUCUAAGAAAUGGUAAAAUCGUCUUUGACUAGUCAUUAAUUUGUCUGACAAUACAAGCACAAGGUAUAUCCAUUACGCACAGCAUUAGGUCAAUCUAAAACUGAGUUCUAGUUGGAGUUGUUAGUGGAUGUAAAUCUAUAAAACUUUAAACUCGUCUAGUUUUCUCUGGAAGCAUUUUUCACAAUCUCCUAAUUAUAAGCUAGAGAAUGGACCUUAUACGUAUAUAGUAUAGUAUUAUUUUCGCCAAAGGUAAAGUAAAUGUAUAUAAGCACGUCAAAACAAAUAAAUGUAAAAACGAACCAAUGCACAUUAUUAUUUUUGGGUAGACUCCAGAUAAACUGGUACAAAUUGCCAUGUUUGGAAACAAUCAUCAUUAUAAGCUUCAGAUCCUAGUCAAUGGAGCGACGAAGUUGGAUCUACUUCAUUUUUUCUUAUUUCGUAUUUCCUUUUCAGAUCGAUUUAAUCCCUCAAGACGUCAAAAACGGUUAAACAUGAAUAGGUAAUUGAUUAAGUUUCGCCAGAAUCGCGAUUUCCUAUUACCUAUUCCCUCAUAAAAAAACAUUAACAACUUUCCAAUUUCUCAUAUAUCAGUCUAAAUGUAGGAAG